AUGUUUGAUGCAGCUGAAGAGCUGAUUAAGGAGAAGAAAGUCCAAGUGAUUAUCGGCAUGGAGACAUGGGAGGAAGCGGCUUUAGUGGCAGACAUUGGAACCCGAACUCAAUUCCCAGUUCUUUCAUUUGCAGCUGCUGCUAUUACAUCCGAAUUGGUGCGGCUUCGAUGGCCUUUCUUGGUGCAAAUGGUUACCAAUGGCUACGAACAAAUAAAUUGCAUUGCAGAUAUUGUUCAAUCCUUCAAAUGGCAGAGUGUUGUAGCUGUCUAUGAAGAAGACAUCCAUGGUGGUGAUUCCGGGAAGUUAACCAUGUUAUCCAAGGCCCUUAAAAAGGUUGGGUCUACGGAUAUAGACUAUCAUCUUGUCCUUCCACCAUUUUCUGAUCUAUCUGAACCUGAUCAGGAAAAUUUUGUUAAUAAAGAGCUGUCUAGCCCUCCUGUUGUCUUUGCUAUGGAAGGUGCACUUGUAAUCAAACCCUACUACUCUGAAAACAGUGAUUCUUUCAAAGACUUCAGUGAGCAGUUUUGCCAAAAAUUCCAAUCAGCUUAUCCUGAGGAAGAUAAGUCUGAGCCGGGAAUUCAUGCGCUACGAGCUUAUGAUAGCAUUAUGACUUUGACACAGUAUAGUGAACAUUGCCAAUCAGGAAUACAAAAACCUUGGCUUUUGGUAAUCAGAGUCCAAUUUCUCGGAGGUACCAAAAAAAUUGAUAACGUGGAAAAGUUGGCUGGUUUCGCAGAGGUGAUAUGGCCUGGGAAUCCAGAGAGAAUCCCAGGAGGAUUGGCGCCCAUGAAAAUUGCAGUUCCUGGUAGAGUCUCUUUUAAGAAGUUCCUCAAUGCAGAAUGGAAUGAGAACACAGAUGAGAAGUACUUUACUGGUUUUUGUAUCAGUCUUUAUAAGGAGGUGCAAACAAUUUUGAAGCGACGUUAUAACAUUCAUUUGCCAUCUCCAAAUGAAUUUCAAGAGUACGAUGGCAGCUACAAUGAUUUGGUUGAAUCUGUUCAUAACAAGACUUUUGAUGCUGCUGUUGGUGACAUAACGAUAAUAGCAAAGCGUUGGAGCCUAGUGGAAUUUACUGAACCAUUUAUGGAGUCAGGUUUGUCGAUGGUAGUUCCAGUGAAGUCUGUAGCUUCGAAAGUAUGGUUGUUUCAAAAGCCCUUCACCAUGGAAAUGUGGGUGGCUACGGGGAUCAUCUUCAUCUACACAGUGCUCGUAGUUUGGUUCUUGGAGCAACGUUCCACCCCAGAAUUUAGUGGCCCAUGGAGGGAACAGCUUAGCAAUGUGCUUUGGUUCACCUUCUCUACUCGAUCUAUUCUUUGUUCACACUACACUGCCAGCCUCACUUCAAUGCUCACCUUUUCAAGACUCCGGCCAACUGUGACAGAUAUCGAGUGGCUACAGAGGACAAAUGUAAGAGUGGGGUGUGCAUGCUAUGGUCGUACAUUUGUUAGAAAUUACUUGAAGCAUGUGUAUAAAUUUAAACCAAAGAACAUCAUCCACAUCAGAAACCAAAGCGAGUACCUGAGGGCAUUCGAGAAUGGCAAUAUUUCAGCAGCAUUUCUUGAAGUCCCGUAUGCCAAAGUUUUUGUCAACCAAUACUGCAAUCGGUCUUCUAAAAAGGUUCUCGAUUAG